AUGAAAAGUUAUGUCUCGCCUAAUCACGAUACAGGGUUGAGUCCUUUCUAACAUGAAGAUUUAUUGUCUAGACUUGAAUCAUCUUCGAGUAAUCAGCAACUUAAUCAUAAGAAUAUUGCUAUGAAUAACAAUCAUAUUAAAAGAAACCAAACCCAUGAUUUACAAUAAGAAUAAAUAGGGCUUGCCAAAUAGCAGAGGAAAAACCAUUCACUAUUUACUACUACCACCAAUUAAGCUUACAACAAUAGUAAUCUACCACCAAUAAUGAAGAUAAAUUUUGAUUCGCUGUCAACUAAGCAGAUCGAGCAUUACAACAUAACAAUAAAAAACCAGGAAAAUCAAGGAUAAAAGGAAGUCAAAAGAACUUUCCUUUUGAAAAGACAAAUGAGUGAGACUAGAUUUUAAGAAUACAAACGAUAGCAGCAUGAGAGGUUGAAUGGAAAGUAAAACUUAGAGAGUGCUGAUGACUUCUUAUCCUCAGAGAAAGUACAGAAAAAUAGGCAAAAGCUCGUUAGAGUUGAUGACGAAGGGAAGGUUCAGAAGAGGAGCAUUUUAGGCACACCUGAUGUUUACAACCUAGGACAGAGGAAGAUUUCAGAGUAGUUGAAACCUAAAAAGAUACCAACUAAUAGCACUCUUGGAAAUUCAUAGCCUAAUAUACUUAAAAGCUCAAUUUAAACGCCUUAAAGUAGAAUGAUUCGUAACAACAGGACAUCAAUUCAUGAUAUUUCCUCAACUAAUAGUAAUUAACCCUAAUAGGGAAAGGUUGUAUUAUUCUAGGGAAAAAACUAAGUUCAACAAUAGAAAAUAGUGAGUAACCAAUAUUUGGAUUAGAUGAGUAAAUUGAUCCAGGAUAGAAUCUUUGAAAAUUAACAAUAAGAUGAUAAGAUAAUGUCUUAAAUCCCACUUGGUAUAAAGUUAAAGCAAACUCAGUCAUAGAGAAUAUUGUAGUAGUAUGAUCACAUCAAAGACUUCUGGCAGAAAAAGAAAGAGCACUUUGCUUAAAAAUCAAAUAAAGCUUUCGUAGAUCUUAGUGUAAUGCAGUAGACAGAUGAGUAUAGGAAAAAAUUGGAGACUUAAGAGUUGAUUGAUAAGACCUUCCUUAAUAUAGAGACCUUAGGCUAAACACUUUGGAAAGCCAAUCUCAGAAAUCAUCACUCAGGCGACAAUAACCCCAAAGCAUUGUCUUCUAAAUUUCUAAGCAAGACGAAUCAAUCCUAAGAAGCCCUUAAAAAAUUAGCACUCAAAGAGCAAACAAUCUUAGAAUAGAAAGAGAGUUCAACCACAUUCCUGAUGUUGGAAAGCUUAAACUCAUGCGCUGACAUAUCAAGUGUAUAUCUCGAUCGUACAUAUAAGCCCACUGAGAUAAUAAGAACACCUAAUUUUGAUAAAGCUAAAUAGUAUCAAGAAUUGACUGGUUCUAUAAUCUUUGAUAAAACUAACGAGAAUGCAAAAGCAGACUCUCCAACAAAAGGUGGCUUAGUAGACUCACAAUUAGAAAUGAUGGCCAGCCAGUCAAAAUGGAUAAAGAAUUUUAACCAAGACAUAAUAAUAGAGGAGGAAGACCCAGCAAUGUAUAAAACCACAGAAAGCAUCAAGUCUAUUUUCAUAAACUAGAUGGGUGAAACUUAGAGAAGCAGAUUUUAGAAUAGCAAUAAGGUCUCACUCAGAAUAUAAGACCUUGAUACAGAAACUUAAUCUCGAAUGGGAAUAGCUAACUUUCAUCGAACUUCUUAGUUUUCUGGCAUGAAAUCGAUGAGCUCCACAAUGAGCAGGCAAAAGAGACACUCUCUUGAAAUGUAGGAGCAAACCAUCAAUCAGUUCAAGUAAACUCACUCUCACUUGAUAUCACCUACCAGGGAUGAUGACGCUGAACUUCUCUGUAUUCAAGGGACAAGCAAACUGUAGCUUGAACUACAAGGAGCUAAGAAAAUAAAUGAUCCUAAGAUAUUAUUACCACACGAAGCAAUUAAUGGAGAGUUUGAAGACAGCAAGGACCGAGAUGAGAUUAUUGCUAUUGACUAUGAUUAGAGAUUAUUUUACUGA